GCGGAGCUGGGCUCUCUCUCUGCUGCCUGCCCUUCGCUGUGCAGGCUCUGGCCAGAGCUGCCCACAGUCCCCAUGGUGGGCGCCCCCCGCAGUGGGGACCCGUGAACAGCAGCGGCAUGCCAGGGAAGCCCAAGCACCUGGGCGUCCCCAACGGACGCAUGGUUGUGGCUGUCUCAGAUGGAGAGCUGAGCAGCACGGCGGGGCCCCAGGGCCAGGGAGAGGGCCGAGGCAGCUCCCUCAGCAUCCACAGCCUUCCCAGUGGCCCCAGCAGCCCCUUCCCCACCGAGGAGCAGCCUGUGGCCAGCUGGGGCCUGUCCUUCGAGCGGCUGCUGCAGGACCCGCUGGGCCUGGCUUACUUCACUGAGUUCCUGAAGAAGGAGUUCAGUGCUGAGAACGUGACAUUCUGGAAGGCCUGCGAGCGCUUCCAGCAGAUCCCCGCCAGCGACACCCAGCAGUUAGCUCAGGAGGCCCGGAACAUCUACCAGGAGUUUCUGUCCAGCCAGGCACUGAGCCCUGUGAACAUCGACAGGCAGGCCUGGCUCGGCGAGGAGGUGCUGGCAGAGCCCCGACCGGACAUGUUCCGGGCACAGCAGCUUCAGAUCUUCAACUUGAUGAAGUUUGACAGCUAUACACGCUUCGUCAAAUCCCCGCUGUAUCGCGAGUGCCUCCUUGCGGAGGCCGAGGGUCGCCCCCUGCGGGAACCUGGCUCUUCGCGCCUUGGCAGCCCUGACGCCACGAGAAAGAAGCCGAAGCUGAAGCCCGGAAAGUCGCUGCCGCUGGGCGUGGAGGAGUUGGGGCAGCUGCCUCCUGCGGAGGGCCCUGGGGGCCGCCCACUCCGCUUGUCCUUCCGCAGAGAACUAGGGGGCGGCGCGUCAAACUCAGCCUUGCGCCGAGAGUCCCAGGGGUCCCUCAACUCCUCUGCCAGUCUGGACCUCGGCUUUCUUGCCUUUGUCAGCAGCAAAUCUGAGAGCUACCGGAAGAGCCUUGGGAGCUCAGAAGGCGAGAGUGAAAGCCGACCAGGGAAGUAUUGCUGCGUGUACCUGCCUGAUGGCACGGCCUCCUUGGCCCUAGCCCGACCUGGCCUCACCAUCCGUGACAUGCUGGAAGGCAUCUGUGAGAAACGAGGCCUCUCUCUACCUGACAUCAAGGUCUACCUGGUGGGCAAUGAGCAGAAGGCCCUGGUCCUGGAUCAGGACUGCACCGUGCUGGCGGACCAGGAAGUGCGGCUGGAGAACAGAAUCACUUUCGAGCUCCACCCUCUCUCCGGCCAGUCCCAGGUGGGUUGGGGGAGAGGCGCGGCGGGCUCUCCGACCUUCCGCAGCGCCAGGGUCCCGCGCAGGCUCGAGUUGGCGGCGCUGGAGCGCGUGGUGCGGAUCUCCGCCAAGCCCACCAAGCGGCUGCAGGAGGCGCUGCAGCCCAUCCUGGCGAAGCACGGCCUGAGCCCGCAACAGGUGGCGCUGCGUCGGCCAGGCGAGAAGCAGCCGCUAGAUCUGAGGAAGCUAGUGAGUUCGGUGGCGGCCGAGAGAUUGGUUUUGGACACUCUCCCAGGUGUGAAGAUCACUGAAGCUGGCGACAUAUCCCCCUGCCUCAGCCAGGGUGGCCCGCCUACAAUCCAGGACAAGGCCGCCCACCUCCCUCCACUGUCCCUGAACUCGCUGGCCCAGGCACCCAGUAGUAACACUGGGAAGCGGCAGACCUGUGACAUUGAAGGCCUGGUGGAGCUGCUGAACCGGGUGCAGAGCAGUGGAGCCCAUGACCAGAGGGGCCUUCUGCGCAAAGAGGACCUGGUGCUUCCAGAAUUUCUGCAGCUGCCUGCCCAAGGAGCCAACUCCCAGGAAGCCCCACCACAGACUGAAUCAGCGGCCCAGCCCAAGGGGAGCCCCUCAGACUCCACUGCGCACUCGGCCCUCUGACAGCUGCCCAACCGUCCAGGCCGGCUGCAUGGCACCUGGCGGGCCAAGCAUGCCAUGGGCCCGCUCUGCAUGCCCUGUCUGUGCCAUGAGUGUCCCUGGCCCCUUCCUGCCACGGGCAGGCCCGCAGGAAGAGCUGGGAGGGGAUGGAGAGGCGACUCAGAGGAGUGACACUCCACAGCUGCCACCACUUGGUCCCUUACAGGCUUGCUCGUCCAUCCCUUGCUGCCAGGCCACCAGGGGGAAGUGGGCCUAGCCCCCAGUGCAGGUGUGCCCAACAUGGAGGGGCGGCGUUGGCAGUGCCAGCCUCCCCACCAUGUGCCAGGCCUCAGCAACGAGUAGGAAGAGGGGUCGGCUCUUCCUCGGGGAGCUGGUAUGAGUAAGGUCUGGGGGUGCAGGCAGGCAGGCAGCCCCUCCCUCUACCCACAGAGAUGCUACUGGACUUUUGGAUUUUGCAGUUGGCUUGGGGCAGCUGGGUUUGUCCUGGAUGUAUGAUAUUGUUAUAAUAAUAAUUAUUAUUCUGCCAUAGGGCGUGUUC